UCAGAAUGUGGAUUGGGUUCAGUUCAUUUGAUGGGUGUCUUGCAAGGACAUGUGAGUGGCGAGCUUCAGCUUAAGGAUCGCACGGGUCAAAUCUUAGCAAUCAACAUAUCAUCAACUCAACAGAUACAAACCUACCACCUAAGAAACGUGUGGGUCAUCCCCGAGUAUGAUAUCGUGAUUGAAAAACCCGGAAAAUUUUACAUCAGAUUCGCAAUUGAAAAGGACACUCGAGCUUGCACUUUACAAGUUCAAUUGAAAUCGCACGUGGCAGAAUUAAAUCCCAGAAGCGAAGCUGCUUAUUUUCAUCUUUCAGGCGACUUCCUGAGGUUUUUGCCGGUCAUCUAUGUUGGUUCAACGUACGAACUCGCGUGCUCGUCCGAACUUGUGCAAUCCGAGGAUACCGGCUUUUGGCUGAAGAAUAUCGACACGGCCGAAAUUAGGUGCAUACAAGUUGGUUCCUCCAAGGAUCCGAUCCAUACACGUUAUAGAGAUUUGCUUGGUCGUGAAUUUGGACCAACGAUUCUGCAGUUAGAUGGGAUCCAAAAAGAUCUCAAUGUGGAAGAGGUUCUCAAUGUCAGUGAUGUAUUGUACGGCGAAUUUACAAUGGAUCAAAAUUGUUUCAAACGAUGCGGUUCGAUUGUUUCGUUUCAAGGAUAUUUGGUGUCGAAAGAAUUUCGGGUCGCAGCGACGUUGCCAAAAUUCAUAGGGCAAACCCUUCGCGGGGAAAUUUCGGGUCAGCGCGACACCAACCUGUUACUGAGGAUCCGUGAUUUGCGUACGAAGGACGUUAUCGACGUGUACGUGACUUCAACGACAAAGUACGUUAUCCCGCUGGGAUUGAUUCCUGGUCAGCCUCUUGUUUUGAGACAGGUAGUGGUGAAAACUUCAGAGAUCGGAAACGUGUACUGUAGUUCAUUACCCAUGACACACAUAUCCUUGGCAGGAUUUCCGAAAGAUAAGUGUGCAAUACUCCAAGAGCUCGAAAACACGAAACUGAUAGAUUUGUGCGGUAAAUCAACGAGAACAAUUUACCGAAUUCACUGCACGAUCACUCGCAUCAUUCACUUAUCUAUACAAUUGGUGUGCGAGAUAUGCGAGCAGGUUUACUGCGACAACUCUUGUCCCAGCGGAUGCAUCCUCUUUCCGCCAAAAUUUCGCGUGGAGGGGAAAUUUGAGGUUAAAGAUGGCACGUCCAAAGCCACUGCCGUUGUCAAGGAUGAACAAUUGUUGCGAGAACUCUUGAGGUUGAACGACGAUCAAUAUCAAAAAAUAUUUAGGGCGGCCACUCAGAAAAAAAUAUAUCAUUGUUAUGAUAAAAAUAACUUAUUGAAUCAGGUUUCUACAUGCUCUUCUAUUGGCGAAGAGAUAAUUCUUUAUUGUCGACCAAUAUCACAGCAAACUUUGGGUAGAAACGCUCUACCAAUUAGAAUCGAAUUAGGUGUAAUUGAUGUUGAAGAAGUUCAACCCGACAAGGAAACACUGAAAUAUUUACAAAGUUUAAAAAAUCUUUAA